UAAAACGAACCAUUGAAGUUAACCCAUACUCAUGGGACUUUGUCAUUCACCACUAACUUUCCUGAGAAAACAAUGGAAAACAUACACUCCAUUGAUGAACCUAUACCUAUUGAAGAAGAUGAAGUUACAGAAAUGCAGGAAGAAUUCAAUUCUACUCCAACAAUUAAAGAACCCCCAAAAAUCUACCGAUUACAAGAAUCAGUCAUUAAUCGAAUUGCAGCCGGCGAAGUAAUUCAACGACCAGUUUCUGCCGUAAAAGAGCUCAUUGAGAAUAGUCUGGACGCUCAUUCUUCUUCCAUAAAUGUCGUCGUUAAAGAUGGUGGUCUUAAACUCAUUCAAGUCUCUGAUGACGGCCAUGGAAUUCGGUUUGAGGAUUUGCCUAUACUUUGUGAACGGCAUACAACAUCAAAAUUGUCGAAAUUUGAGGAUUUACAGACGAUUAAAUCAAUGGGGUUUAGAGGUGAGGCUUUAGCAAGUAUGACUUAUGUAGGUCAUGUCACUGUCACAACUAUUACUCCUGGGCAAUUGCAUGGAUAUAGGGUUUCUUAUAAAGACGGUGUUAUGGAGAAUGAACCUAAGCCUUGUGCUGCUGUCAAAGGAACUCAGAUUAUGAUUGAAAAUCUCUUCUAUAAUAUGAGUGCACGGAGAAAAACACUUCAGAACUCUAAUGAUGAUUAUCCAAAGAUGGUUGACGUACUUAGUCGGUUUGCUAUUCAUCACAUAAGUGUGGGAUUUUCCUGUAGAAAGCAUGGUGCUGCAAGAGCUGAUGUUCAAUCUGUUCCCACGUCUUCUAGAAUUGAUGCAAUUAGAUCUGUUUAUGGUGUGUCUGUUUCUCGUAAUCUGAUAAAUAUAGAAGUCACAGAUGAUGAUCCAUCUAGAUCAGUAUUUAGCAUGAAGGGUUUCAUCUCCAAUUCAAAUUAUGUUGCCAAGAAGAUAACUAUGGUGUUGUUUAUUAAUGAUAGGUUGGUUGAGUGCUCAACUUUGAAAAGGGCUAUCGAGAUUGUUUAUGCUGCAACCUAUCCCAGGGCAUCAAAACCUUUUGUAUACAUGUCAAUUACGUUGCCCCCUGAGCAUGUUGAUGUGAACAUACAUCCUACAAAACGUGAGGUGAGUCUUCUGAAUCAGGAAACUAUAAUUGAAAAGAUACAAGCAGAAGUGGAGCAGCAAUUAACAAAUGCCAAUGAUACAAGAAUAUUCGAAGAACAGCAGGUGAAAAUGUCAUCCCCAUCAGCUCCUAAAGUAGCAAGUAAGGAUUCACAGUCUGGUCCUUCAACUUCAGGAGGUUCAAUUGCAGCAUUAAAGUCACAGAAAGUUCCAGUGCGAAAGAUGGUUAGAACUGAUGCAUCGGAUCCUGCAGGAAGGUUGCAUGCAUAUAUGCAAGUUAAGCCCUCUACCCAGCUGGAUAGAAAUGCUAGCUUGAAUUCAAUAAGGUCUUCUAUCAGACAAAGGCGAAAUCCCAAGGAAAGUGCCGAUCUUACCAGCAUUCAGGAGCUUAUGGAUGAAAUUGAUAAUAACUCUCAUCCUGGGCUGCUUGAAAUUGUCAGAGGCUGCACUUAUGUUGGAAUGGCAGAUAAUGUUUUAGCAUUGUUGCAGUAUAAGACUCAUCUUUAUCUAGCAAAUGUAGUAAGCUUGAGCAAAGAACUCAUGUAUCAACAAGUUCUACGCCGUUUUGCUCAUUUUAAUGCUAUACAAUUGAGUGACCCUGCAUCACUGCCAGAGUUAAUAAUGUUGGCACUUAAAGAGGAGGAUAUGUAUGUGGAUGGAAGUGAAAACGAUGAUCUGAAGAAAAAAAUCGCGGAGAUGAACACGGAGCUACUCAAGAGAAAAGCUGAAAUGCUGGAAGAGUAUUUCUGCAUUUAUAUAGAUGGACUUGGGAAUUUGUCCAGGCUCCCUGUCAUACUCGACCAGUACACACCUGACAUGGAUCGUGUUCCUGAAUUCGUUCUUUGUCUUGGCAAUGAUGUUGACUGGGAGAAUGAGAAAAGUUGCUUCCAAACAAUUGCGGCUGCUCUUGCGAAUUUCUAUGCCAUGCAUCCGCCUAUUUUGCCAAACCCAUCAGGGGAUGGCAUACAACACUACAGGAAAAAACCUUCUGUAGUCUCUCUUGGUGAAGAUUUGAACACAUCUGGUACCAAUGGGGCCGGCGAGGAUGAGAUCGAGCAUGAAUUACUUGCAGAGGCAGAGACAGCCUGGGCACAACGCGAGUGGUCUGUGCAGCACAUUCUAUUUCCUGCGAUGAGACUCUUCCUUAAACCCUCAAAUUCGAUGGCUAAAAACGGGACAUUUGUACAGGUGGCGUCACUGGAGAAGCUGUACAGGAUAUUUGAAAGAUGCUAACAAGUCACAGCCAACAACCACCUUGAGACUCUUGGAUGGGAUCAGUUGAUGUAUACUCCGAAUAUUUUGUGUGGGUGGGAGAGAAACAUACAUAUGAGAUGGUACAAGUAUAAUUAUUUUAGAUGGCCAUCUGUUUCUGGUGUACACACAGUUUAGCUGACUUGAAGACUUUCCAUGUGAAAAUGUAUAAGAAAUGGUAUCUCUUCUAAUACUAUCUACUCCACUCAUUAAUGCUUUCAGCCUAAUUUGAUUUUGUUAUUAUAUGCUUAAUUCAUUAAGAGUAAAGCCUAGACCACAGGGCCAAAGCCAAACUUAACACUAUUACUUGGAAAAUAGAAUGUAUUGUGAGGUUCAUGUCUUGUUAAAUUGUACGAUAUGAUUAUA